GUUCUUAAUCCGUUUUCUUCUAAAAAAGAAAUUAUAUUUAAUCUGAAAUUCGCAAAUGCAAGCGGCAGCUGUAGUCCCAACGCCACCGGUGCCGCGGUCCACUUCCUCAGUGAUUCCGGCAACGACAGCGAAAUUCCUCUCCUUCAACUUCCCGACGACGCAAGCACUCAAGAAGCGGCAGCUGCACUUUACUCGUGUGAAUUACCGGCAGAUUCAAAUGGCUACAGCAUCACCGUCGCCACCGUCUGUUGGAACGGCGCCGAAAUGGGCUCAAAAGACCAUCACCAUCCCCGCCCAGAGGCGAGGCUGCCAUCUCAUCACCUCCAAGAUUUUGAAGGAGAUUGGGCAGGAUCUAUCAGGGUUUAAGUGUGGUCUUGCACAUUUUUUCCUGCAACACACAAGUGCUUCUUUAACUAUAAACGAGAACUAUGACUCGGAUGUUCGUGAUGACACAGAGACAUUUCUGAACAAAGUUGUUCCAGAAGGGAGGUCCGCACCAUGGAAGCAUACUUUGGAAGGUCCAGAUGACAUGCCGGCACACAUCAAGUCAUCUAUGUUUGGCUGCUCCCUCACGAUCCCUAUAUCAGAUGGACAACUGAAUAUGGGAACUUGGCAGGGUAUCUGGCUAUGUGAGCACCGCGAUGAAGCUACUCCUCGCAGAGUCGUGGUCACCCUCAACGGGAUUUAAUAUCUCAUUCACCGCUGCAACCUCCUUUUCCGUCUUCUUACUCCUCACGACUGCAGAAUAGCUCGUCUUUGCUGAAUAAUUGUGCUCUAAGUUUGAACUUGUUUGAGGUGCAUUUUAGUGUAAGAGAUCUUUAAUGGCAACCUUUCUCUCUUGACUAGUCAUAUAUAUAUAUGUACUCAUUCGGGCA